AUGGCUACAUUAUAUAAACAAUUAGUUAAAACUCAAGAGGAUGAAGACUCUGACGAUCCUAAGGAAAAGAAACUUGAGAAUAAACGGUAUAAACAAAGAGUUCUUGCCUUGUCUUCACGAGGAGUAAAUUUUAGACACUUAUUAAAUGAUCUUGGUGUACUCUUUCCCCAUUUUAAGAAAGAUUCUAAACUCGAUCAAAAGUCCAAACUUGGAAUCAUUAAUGAACUAGCAGAACUUAAUAAUUGCAAUAAUUGCGUCUUUUUCGAAGUACGAAAACGUCAAGAUCUCUAUAUGUGGACAAGUAAAACACCUAAUGGACCAAGCAUUAAAUUUCAUGUCCAAAACAUUCACACCAUGGAUGAACUCAAAAUGACAGGCAAUUGUCUCAAAGGAUCCCGCCCGAUUCUCUCUUUUGAUAAGAUUUUUGAUUCAGAACCCCAUUGGAUAUUAAUUAAAGAAGUCUUUACUCAUAUUUUUGGUAUUCCAAGAAGUGCACGUCGAAUAAAACCUUUUACUGAUCAUGUCAUUUCCUUUACGAUUGCCGAUAAUCGCAUAUGGUUUCGUAAUUUUCAGAUUAUUGAAAAAGAUCCAAUGGAACCCAACAAAAAACCAAAUGAUAAAGAUUUAUCACUUGUGGAGAUAGGACCACGAUUUGUCCUUAAUGUUAUUAGAAUAUUUGAAGGUAGUUUUAGUGGAGCUACCAUAUUUGCAAAUCCAGAAUUUGUUUCACCUAAUCAGAUUCGACGCGAUUAUCGUAUGGCUAAAGCAGUACGACAUCAAGCUAGAGUUGUGGCGAAAGAAGAAAGACGACGAAAAAUAGCGGAGAGCGAGUUACCAGAAGAUUCUUUCA